AUGAACGAAAGCGCGGAGAUAUUCUCGACGCCGAAACUAAUAAAUGGUGAAGGCGAUGGGAUAAAAAACAUAACAGUUCGAAGACGAGUACCAGUUCCCUCUUCUAGGAAGUUCAACGCCAGCAUUCCACCGGCCGAAAGUAUGAGAAUUAAGAUUGGAAACGCCUUGAGCGAGAUGCAAGGGAGGCCCAAAACGCACGCUUGCUUCAAGAAGUCCCAAACUGUCGCCGAGAUCACUCCCACCAAGAGUAAGGUUAAGAAAAGGCUAGCGGUGAAGGCGACCACCGAAGGGGCUGCCAAGGCGACGCUGCACGCAACGCCUCGGCCCGUCGACGAGGAGACGCCGGUGGCGUCGUCGACGGCGGGACGCUGUCCGAGGGAGAGGGCGGUGUGCGCCGUCUACCAGCGGCUGCUGCUCUGCGUUUGGCGCCGCAGUAGGGAGCGCCUCGCGACGCUCUCUGAGUCAUGUGGGCGCCAGCAAGACCAGAUAACUCAGCUGGAAAUGCAGGUGGACGUUUUGAAAAACUUAAGAAUUUCCGAAAGCCAAAAGAGGAGCGAGGCUCUGAACGAAAGCCAGCAGCUGAGGAAGAAAUUGGAAAUUUUUGAACAGGAAAACGUCGUACUACACCAGAAACUGGCGAGUGUUCAUGAGGAACUCGAAAUCACCGAGGAAAAUCUGAAACUGACCAGGGCAGACCUGAAAAAGAGCUCGGAGCAGAUCGCGAAGAUGCAGGAUUUGCUUAAGAGGAAGAAGGAAGAAAGACUGGAACUGCUGUCGAAGAUAUCCACUCAAGAAUACGAAAUACUGAAACAAAAUUCAGUAGCGUCUCAGUUAGAAGAACAACUGAAGACGACAGAAAGAAACCUUCACAAUACCGAAUCAAGCUUCAAAGCGAAGCAAGAAGAAUAUAGCGAAGCCGUUCUGCAGUGGCAGAAUGAGGCGAAUCUGAAUUGUUCCCUAAACGAGCAGCUGCUCACUCUGCAAGAAACCAAGGUGAAUCUCGAGAAUCAAGCGAAAGAUUUGGAGAAUCAGCUGGAGGAAUAUUCUAAGUCUUGCGAAGAGUUGAUAGAUGAAAAUCUAUCGAUGAGAUGUAGUUUACAUGAAGUUACGCUGGAAUUGUGCGAGGUAAAAAAGCAGACGUGGCUUAAAAAUGCCAGGGAGAUAGCCUCGUUGUCCUUAUUUGCUCUACAGAAGGUUGCGUAUGUUCUGCUGCCGGCAUAUCUAGAUCGUCCCGUGAAAUAG